CCCGAGAGUUGCAAAGAUUGCUGGAGGUUGAUCUUGCUUUGCGUGUGCGUGGCUCACGCUGAGGCUGCAAGAUUGCAAUAAAACGCAGCUCGACAUCAUAGCACGUCAAUCGACGCCGUCGUUGCAAAGCGAUUGCACCGCAGUCGCUCAGAUAGCAGUAAAAAGACCUCAAGCAAUCAACUACGAUGCUGCGCGUCGCAAUAGCGCUGGCGCUAAGCCGCUGCGCGAGCGCCUUCGUGACGCCAAUCUCGCACGUCCCGGCCGCGCCGCGCACUUCAUUAAGAGCGGUCCCCGAGACGCUGUCAGCGCUCCAGGACCUCCCCACGACGCUCACAGCAUUUGCGGAUCAAGGCGGCAACUUAGCGGGCAAGUUCUUCAUGGGCUCCCUGCCGCCCUACGUCCUCUUCCUCUACUUUUUGAACUAUGAGAAGAACAACGCGCCACCUCUAGUAAGGUUCGGCUUCGCCUACCUUUUAUUAUUCGUUUUAGCGACCAUACCAACAGGAAUCAUCUCGAAGACGACCUGGGGCGUCUCAUUAGCGGACGCGGACUGGCUCCACGGCGGCGCCGAAGCUUUAUUAACGGUGACGAAUAUCAUGCUUCUACUCGGCUUCCGCAACGCGCUGAAGAACGACGUGGACGGUUCGGACGCCGAGUGGGCUCGCUUGGCCUCGGCGGCUUGUGCUAUCGCAGCCACCAUCCUCAUCGCGACGGGCGUACCUUUAUUUCAUUUCGAGGCGCACGAACCGUUCCUAGGCGGCCUCGGAGCGCUAGGCAUCGGUCAAGAUGUAGAACCGGUCAACGCUUUGAGUAUACCGACCUGGAUCGUCCACUUCUCGAGCGUGUGCGAAUUCAUCUUAGCGAUGAAGUUAGCUACCGUGUACGCGAAACAAAGCGGCGACGAGAAGUGGAACGGCGUGGCCUGGGGCAUGCUGCCUUCGCAUGCGUCUGGGGUCUGUGCGUGUACGUAUCAUUUGUUCUACAACCAGGCGGCCUUGUCGUGGUUGGUCACGGCGCAAGCCGGAUUAACCUUCCUAGGCAACACGACGUUAUUCAUCGCUGCCUUGAGACUAGCUCUAGCGAACGGCUGGACCUUGUCUGAUGCCAUCCCGAAAUCUUUGGAUGAUGUGAACCCGACGACCGGUGAUUACAAAUUAGAUGUACAAAGAGUGGAGCCCGUUGCUGACCUGACUCCCGACUUAGUACUAACAGGAGAAAUAGUAGCCGUGGCCGUCGGGGCGGCUUAUUUGACAAAAUACGGUUCUCUCGUAGCGCUACCUAUCUUAACUCAGCCUAAUAGCAUCUUGGCGGCUCUCAUACUCUUAGCCGUACCAGCUACCGUAGCCUACACGAUCCUACCGAGACCGGCCUUCGCGUCCGGCGUGGGCGAGUUCGAGGGCUUCUCCUUACCUUCAUUUGGAGGCGACGGGGAGAACGCUAUUACCUAUGAUGAUGUGAAGAAGUUCGGUGUCUCGGGGACCAUCGCCUACGUCCUCACGGAGCUCGCCUUCUGGGCCGUGGCCUUCCCGGUAGCUGCUGCUUUGUUUACGCAGGCGAACGGCCACGCGCCGGACCUGUUCAACUCGGGAGAAGAUAGAGCUGCCGUGAUUGCUUCUAUAUUUGUUGGGGCGAACGUGGCGCGGUUGGCCGUACCUUUACGGUUUGGGGUCGCUUUAGCUGCGGCGCCGUGGGUCGACGAGAACAUCGUGCAGCGCUUCGGCGGGGAUUCGGUUGAUGUCGAGGCGGUGGUCGAGGAGGAGCCCGUCGCCGUCGAGAAGGAGACGGGGUUCUCCAUGCCGGAGUUGCCGACGUUUAAGAACCCGUUCGAGUAG